AGACUGAGACCGAAGGGGGUGGGGGUUGUAGGGAAAAAAGGAAGAAGAGAGCGAGAGAGACCAAGAAAAUCAAAAGAAAGACAGAGGUGAAGAAAGAAGAAGACAGUAUUGUCUGUCCAUCAGUUCAGUGAUUACUGUAGUUAGACUGCAGAUACGUUUAGUUUGAACGGACGACUCUGGACACAUGGAGGAUUCAGAGAAUAUCGCUUUGAACAAUGAAACAAAGGUAAUGAGUGACCAGGAUGCCAAACAUGUGACGUCCCCAGAGACAAAAUGUGUUGCAGAGUCAGAGCCAGGAGGUGGGACUGAUACUGCAGAGGGUGGAGCUAAUGAGAAAAACCAUGAGAACACAAAAGCUGAAGCCAGUGACAGUGAGGCAUGUGAGCGAGAGGGUGGAUUCACAGAGAAUGCCAACAUUGUGGAAGAGAAAGAAGAACAAGAGAAGGAUAUCAAAGAACAUAAACCUGGAGAACAAGAAAAAGAGACAGGGGUAAAUGAAAACAAAGAAAGUGAGGUAGAAGAAGAAAAGAAGAGUAACAAUGAUCCUCACAGGAAAGAGAAUGAGUCCUGCAACAAAGAGGGACAACUUGAGGUAAAGCACAAAGAAGAGGACAAGAGAACAAAAGAAACUGAAGUCAAAACUAAAAAUAAAGAAGAUGAAACUGAAACAAAAGAGAAAAAAGAGACUAAAGAUAUCAAGAACAAACCAGAAAAUCUGAGAAGAAAAAGUGGAACAGCUCCAUCCUCUGCUCUCAGAGCCCCCACCAAGUCAUCUGCUCGCCCCUCGGCCAGAAGAGAUGCCAUGGCCAAGUUUCAGAAGGACCAGACUCCAGGUGUCAGAAACUUUAAAGUUCAACGGACAUCUAUAGGUAUGACUGGUGGAGCAUCAAUUAAACAGAAAAUUCUGCAGUGGUGCAGGAACAAAACACAGAAGUAUGAGGGUGUCAACAUAGAAAACUUCUCUUCCUCCUGGAGUGAUGGCCUGGCUUUCUGUGCACUCGUUCAUCGCUUCUUUCCCUCAGCUUUUGACUUCUCCUCCCUCAAAGCAAGUGAACGGGAGAAGAAUUUCACACUGGCCUUCAGUACAGCAGAAUCUCUUGCUGACUGCUGCCCCCUUUUGGAAGUGUCUGACAUGUUACUAAUGGGCAACAACCCAGAUCCUCUCUGUGUUUUUACCUAUGUACAGGCUCUCUGUCAUCACCUCUCAAAGACAGAGAAAGAGAGAAGGGAAAAAGAAAGCAUGGAGAAGGACAAAAACAAAGAAGAAGAUCAAGGUUCUGAAGGUAAUGAAGAUGGAGACAGGGAUGAGAUUAAACAAAAUGAGGAGACAGAGAAAAAUGGAUCAAAUUCUGACAAAAAGACAGAACAAGAGACAGAUCGGAAUGAAAAUGUAAUAAAUGCAGAUGCUUUGGAUGAAAAAUAGAAAAACUACAUAAAUGAAAUAAAAAGGAAAGGGGAGUGUCAGAAUAAUUUUGUUGUCAUAAUUUGCUUUUUUGAAGGUAUGGAUAGUGAUUUUUGUGUCUAAUGUGGAUGAUGAAUGUAUUAUUCUUUGUUGAGUUGUUUGGGAUUGUAUAGGUAUUUCAUAAUACAGAUUUUCAUUUCCUCAAA